AUGAUUUGGAAUACUCUGGUUAUGGAAGUGCAGACUCAAAGAGCACCAAUCCGGAGCCCUGAACAACAGAAUGACGCCGAUAACGAAGAUGACGAAGAUGACGACGAUGAUGACGAUGAUAGUGGGUAUGGCAGUGAUUCCACUACGGCCAAGCACGAUAGAAAUCUCAUUGAGCAUGUGAUUGGUGAGGAAGCAUGUGUUCGCGCAGCACUCGGUGCGAAGUAG